AUGGAAGGUUCACCUUCCGCGGCCCGCGUUGGGCAUUUCGCUAUCCGCCUGCCACCAUUCAUUCGGUCCCGCCCCGACUUAUGGUUUCAACAGGCGGAAUCGCAAUUCGCUUUAGGCGGCAUCACUACCCAAUCGACUAGGUACCAUCACAUCUUGUCUGUCCUUUCCGAGGACGUGCUACUCGAGGUCAGCGACGUCAUCAGCUCACCUCCAUUACAAGAUCCCUACGACGCCCUUAAGCGUGCUGUCAUCAGCAGGGUUCUUCCGUCCGAUCGUCAGCGGCUGCACGAGCUCUUCUCAAAGGAGCCCUUGGGGGACCGCAAACCUUCACAGCUCGUCAGAUACAUGCCACAAAUCCUUGGAACCGCUCCUUUUGACGACAAGCUCUUUCGUGAGCUCUUCCUCUCAAAACUUCCUCAUGCCGUCCAGCUGGCACUGUCUGUUACGGAAGAGACCGACAUUGUGUCAUUAGCUACCAGAGCGGAUAAGGCAAUGGAGCUGUUCUCCGACUCGUGCAACCCGUCUGCGCUGGCAGCGCUUGAAGGCACGCAUGACUUUUCAUCUUCACCAAGCGCUCCUUCCUAG